AUGGACAAGUCGGCGUCCGAGGCAACGGGCCCAUCAAAGACUGGCACCGUGAAAGCGGCCAAACGACCCUUUCUUGGUUUACUUUCGAAGCGUUCAUCUCGUGUCGAGCCACAGCGUUGCUCAGAAAGUGAGGACGAGCUACCGGUGAGCAACGAGGGCGGUGGCUCUACCUUCAGCUUGAUCAGUAAUCAACCUCCUUCGCACCAUCAACGAGGCGUCACGGUUAAGUGCACCACCGGUAACAACAGCAAUGGUGCCACCACAAUAACAACGACAGCAACGCGUCAAGACUCAUCUAACCCGAGCGAUACUAAUUCCUAUCAGCUGCUAUCGACGUCAUCCACCGCGACCACUACGUCUUCCACCGGCCCCGACUCGUCAACGGCAUCGAAAAUACCACUAGCCGCCGGUGGUACAACGCUUCUCCGAAAGCGUGACACGGCCGCCACCCGAGCUGCGCAACUCAGCCAGCGAUUGAGUGAAUGCGUCACCGCCAGCAACGGCCGCGGAGAUGGUGGACAGUUAAAUCUUUGCUGUUCGGUCGACGAAGCGACUGUCGUCAAAUUGUCGCCAUCCCGCAAUCGGUACUCUCAUCCGGCGACCGGCAGUGCCGGCAGUGAUUCACACGACUUGCAGGUUCAGAAACGAAGGCAGCAACAAAAACUUGAGUUAACGACAAAAAGCUGCACCAGCUACCCGAUCGAAAAAUCAUCUCCUCUGAGGCACCGGAGACCGCUUGAAGUGGGUUACCCGGUUCCCCGGCCUCUCGAAGACGUGGUGGGAGACAGCGCACGGGAGAGUACGACCAUGGAUGAAAACUGUUGCCGUUCGAAGGCAAACGUUUCACUGGUGCACAAUCGCGUCGUCACGAAACCGAUCGUGUUUCGGGAAUAUCAGAACCACACGCAGCGUGCCAUUAUGUCCAGCAAAUCUCGAUUCCGUGAACGAUUUCUCCCUCCUUUGCAUCGCAGCAACAUGGACGGGUACGAAAAAAUGGAACAGCACUACAGUUCACCGAACAUUGCCGAGAAAGAAGGUGAAGGAGAGGCCGAUGGCAACAGCCUACUUCCCGGUAGUUGUAACCGCGAGCAGCGCGAAUCCCGUAAAUCCAUGUCAUUCGACGGGGCUGUGGCAGCGGUGGAUGAUGCUGGUGGGGCAUCGAGAGGGGCACACGUCGGCUCUGCCGAUUCACUCGCCCGUCAAGCGCUGAUGGCAGCCCAUGUGCUAAACUUAAUUCCGGCCGAGAAAGCGCGCCAGCGCAAUUUUUUGCAUGGUCGACUCGCUUCGACCUCGUUGCUCGGAGCAACCGAACUGGACAAGAUGCUCCCGGACCGCGAGGUGACCAUCUUUAUCGGCACGUGGAAUAUGAACGGUCAGAGUCCUCCGCGGCAGAUGAAUGACUUCGUUCUUCCGACCGCACUGGAACAUGUUCCGGAUGUGAUCGUGUUUGGUACGCAGGAGUCCUGCUCCGAGCGCUUUGAGUGGGAGGUGACGCUUCAGGAAACCCUCGGGCCUUCACACAUCCUUCUUCAUUCGACUAGCCUCGGUACGUUGCACCUUGCCGUGUUUAUCCGGCGCGAUCUCAUCUGGUUCUGCUCCGAGCCGGAAGACGCUUGCCUAUCCGUUCGGCCUGGGACCGCGUUUCGAACGAAGGGAGCUGUCGCAAUUUCGUUCUGUCUGUUCGGUACUUCCUUCCUAUUUGUCACCUCACACCUUACCGCUCACCAGCAGAAAGUGAAAGAACGGGUGUCGGACGUGAAGAAGAUCAUCCACGCGCUCGAUCUGCCCCGUAAUCUAACGGUGAAACAUCGUAACCGGGACGUGACACAAAACUUCGACAGCGUUUACUGGUGUGGUGAUUUGAACUUUCGGUUGAGUGAACCGCGUGACAAGCUGAUGCAGUGGAUCGAAACGACGCAGUUUCCGUUGCCAGCCCACCUGCCACACGGAUUCAUGCACACCGAUCAGCUGACCACGGUUCUUGCGGACGGGGCGGCGUUUCGAGGAUUUCGCGAAGCAAAGAUUUCAUUUCCACCGACCUAUAAGUACGAUCCCGGCACUCAACGGUUCGAUUCCUCUAGCAAACAGCGGGCUCCAGCCUACACCGAUCGAAUACUAUACAAGUUUAAACCCCUUCCGGUAACGACAGUACAUCGACGAGCCAGCAAUGUACCGCCAGGCACCAAAAUCUCUCAUCCUCCAUCGCCUGUCAGGUGCUUGGCGUACGAUUCGGUACAGAGCAUCACAUCCUCCGAUCAUAAACCUGUAUGGGCCCUGUUCUGCAACACAAUCCGACCCGGCAUUGAUACUGUUCCACUGGCAGCUGGACUGUUCAAUCGCGAGGUGUAUUUGGAGGGUAUGAAACGACGGCUAGACAAUUCUGGAGCUGGUGCUUCGGCCGUUUGCAGCAUUCAAUGACGCCGACUGUUUGAUCGUUCGUCGUAAGGUGAGCUAAUUGACGGAUUUUUGUGCUGGAAAUGUAAUUGUGAUAAGAGCAGUGGGAGUCAAGUACGAUCGAACCUUAUAUUAAUUGAAGGAACUAGAGUUGAAAUAGGAAACCUUGUUCUUAGCUCUAUAAUGCUCAUGAAAGAUUCGGUCUGCGUGAUGAUAACGCGGCCGCCCUACAGUAAUGACUGUGACCUUUAUUGUUUCUAAUGAAAGCCUUAUCAUGUUCCUUGGUGAGAUAUAGUGAACAAACAUCGUCAACAAAUC